CUGCAACUUCAUCUAGCGUUGGAGGUCCCAUUUCACCCAAUAGCAGUGAGCCGCUGGAAGCCAGGAAAGAGAGGACCGGAAACCGAAGAUUGCCACCACUGGCUUCGCAACCCAUUGAAUUUCGCUUUACAAUCUACUCUUCCUACCAUGAAGUCUACGUUUCCUACCAUGAAAGCACCGAAACAGACACACAGAUCCAAAACCAUAAUUUCUCCUCCCCCAAAUCCUAAUCUCGCACCUGCGACUGACACUCUCCCAAAAAGCCAACACGCUAACCCUAACUCUGUUUCUACCGUCUCCAUUAUCGCCCAGAAACUCCAACUCUCAGACCCCAAAACCCUGAUUUCACAACCUCAAAACCCUAAUCUGUCUCCUCCUUCUGCAACAUACACCUCAUCCAAAUGCCUCAACUCUCACCCACUCUCCACCAUUGUCAUUCUUGCUCAGAACCCCCAAUUCUCAGGGCUCAAAACCCUUCUGCGAUGCCUCCAAAGCAAUCGAAAGUUCAGCACCCCAGAAACCCGUAUCAUAGGCCUUAUUCAGAGCUGUGCGUCCUCAAAAAUGGUAAAAGAGGCCCUAGACCUCUUUUUUGCCAUGCCCCAUCUAAGGUGCCAACCCUCCACAACUUCUCUGAACGCUUUACUUUCGGUCUUGUGUGACACUGAUUCAUUCCAUUUGGUCCCUGAGCUUCUCAUAAAGACCUUGGAAAUGAACAUAAGGCUCGAUGCUUCAAGUUUCAGAAUACUUAUCGGUUCUCUCUGUCGAAUUGGAAAGUUGGGUUUUGCAAUUGAGCUCUUACGCCUCAUGCCUGACCAGGGGUGUUGGCCUGAUUCUGGUUUCUACGCUGAAAUCCUCUGCAAAUUGUGUGAAUUUGGGGAAUUUUCAGAAAUUUAUGGCUUUCUCGAUGAGAUGAAGGAUGCUGGUUUCUUUCCUGAUAAAAUUGCUUAUGCCAUUGUGAUUGAUUCUCUAGCAAAGGGUGGUAGGUUGAACGAAGCUCGAGCUAUUUUGAAUCGAAUGAAAUUGGAGGGUGCAAAGCCGGACACCAUUACGUACACUAGUAUGAUGGAUGGGUUCUAUAAAAUUGGGGAAUUUAAGCAAGCAGGCGAGGUCUUCGAUGAGAUGUUAGCAAUGGGGUUAGUCCCUGAUGUGUUCACUUACAGUGUAUAUAUCAAUGGGCUUUGUAGAGAGAGAAAACUGGAGGAAGCCAAGGAGGUACUCUGUGUCAUGAGAGAGAUGGGAUGUAGGCCUAAUGUGAUCACUUACAAUACAUUAAUCAGGACCUUUUGCAGUGAUGGUAAUCUUAGAAGAGCCGAUGAAUUGGUUGCAGAGAUGGGUUCUAAUGGGGUUUGUGGAAAUUCAGUCACUUAUAGGACCUUGAUUAAUGCUUAUUUGAGAGAAGGUAUGGUGGUUGAGGCCAAUGAAUUACUGGUUCAGAUGGUGGGUAAAGGGUUCUUUCCUCACUUUUCAACUUGGGAGGCUCUCUUAUCUUCUACUGUUUUUAAAUGGGAUAUUUUACAGGCCUUGAAUGCAUUGGAGGAAUUGAUAUCUCCAUUGUCACGCUAGAACAACCUAAAAAGUGUUUGUUUUUAAGACUAGUUCAGAUGUUGGGUCAAGGAUCCGAUCCUCAUUAACUACUUGGGUUGCUAUCUUAUCUUCCUCUUCGCUCGCUCUCUUUAAAUUGGAUAAAUUGGCCUCGAAUACAUGCUUCCGAUGCUUCACCAUAGAAUAGAUCGACCCAGUUCCCGUUCUUUUCCAGUGCACUCGUUUUGUGUCUCUAACACACAAGGAAGGAUGCGGUGGGAAGGAAGCAGCCCUAGACUCUGUCUAACCAAUUCUUUUGCUGGCAUCUUGCAUUUAGGCUGUCGGGGGCGGUGUUAAGCAAGGGCUUUCCAGCUCAGGGGCGAGACCCAGCCGUUCAAUUCGAAGAUCAAGGCAUCCUGGUUAUAGGCCGUUCUGUACUUUAUCCCAAGCAAUGGAGCUGUAAGUUUUGCCAUCCACAAGCAAGGGUAAUGCUUCAUUCCCGGACAGUCAAAGAAGUCACAAAAGAACCGGGCCACUGGCCUGAUUCGGUAAUUGAUAUCUCGAUUCUCGCACUAAAACACAUACAUAUCCCCUUUUGUUGGAAAUUAGAACACAUAUAUCUUGGAUGGGUUAUUGGUUCUGAUAUUUGAUGGGGCAUUCUUUCCUCUCUCUUUGGUUUUAUCUCCUUCUUUCUGUAAAUUUUGUAAUUUACAGACCUCAAGUGCAUUGGACAGGAAGAAUUAUUUAUCCAUUUUCAAACUAGAAAACAUAUAUAGGUCUUAUGGGCCUCAAGUGCAUUGGAGGAAUUAUUCAUGGGAUUGUAUACCAUAAGACCAGUCACUUUGUAUACGAGUUCACAAUCACCCUUGGCCAUUGGAUGUGAAAUCCGACAGCUUCAAUCAGCCCAUGAAGGUAGAAUUUAUCAGUUGAAGCUAUUAUGUGACAAAGAUUAUCCCGAGAAGCCUCCAAGUGUUAGAUUCCACUCGAGAAUCAACAUGACUUGUGUGAAUCAUGAAAUUGGAGUGGUAAGAAACCAGGUUUGGAUAUGCACAAUGUAAGCCCUUCACCCACGCAAGACACUCUCUCUCUCUCUCAAACUAGUGGUAGUGGUCCUAUCGAAUUUCCAUGUUGCACCCUCAAUAGUGGGCGCUUGGCCCUUUGUAACCAGUAAAAAAAUACAAACAUUUCUGACCAAAGAGAGAUUCCCAAUUAUGUUGCUGUUCAAGAGUUUUUUUUUUUUGUGUAAUUUAUCUUAUUAAAUAAUUUUAGCUCAACAAAUAAAAAAUUCGAUUUGGAUGCGUCCUCGUGAAAAUUCAUGCUAUCUAGUUGUUAGUUCGAUGCUAUCUAGUUGUUAGUUCAAUGUAGGAUUCAUGCUAUCUAGUUGUUAGUUCCUCCAAUGUAUUUGUGGCCUGUAAAGUAUCCAAUUCAUUAGGGUAGCCGUAGAGUACGGAAAUAACGCCUUAUCGAGCAUUCGAACCAGUAACUCAUGAUAGAUUCACAUGUAGUUUUAGUGCGAGAAUGGGGAUAUUGAUUCUUCCAACUCAUUUGAGGACUCUAAAGCAUCCAAUUCAAUGAGAUCUA